AUGAUCUCUUAUAUGUGCAAUGGUGUUUCUUGCUGUUGUGCUAGCUCAGUCUCAUGUGGUCUUAUUUUUUUCGUCGGUUUAGGCAAUACAGUUCGAUAUUUGGGUCAACCCGGUCGACGAGAUUCGCACCGACGUCAUCCGUUGCCCAACUAUAAUCCAACCACUGUCGCGUUACUGUCUGAUCAGGGGUUGGACGAGGAUGAGGAGUGUAACAUGCAUGUGGAAACGAAUCCCCUUCUCGGACAAUCAAACUCCAAUAAAUCUCAAACAGUACCGCGACCACCGGACACGUUAGCCGCAAGACUCAUGGCGCCCUCUGAUUCGGAUUGCGAUACAGUGUCCGACCACCAAGUUGUUCCCAUUCCAGACUCGCCACAUGCGAACGGUAAUUUGAGACCCGCUUUGACGGAACCACAUGAGACAAAUUUAUUGCACUGA